AUGGAGCUGAGGAGGAUCAUCGGCCAGUGCGCGCCGCUCUUCUUCAUGGCGCUCUUCUUUGACCUGACGGGCUUCAUCGUGCUGCUGGUGGGUCUGUCAGGGGCCCCGCACAUCGGGGGCCGCGGCUACGGGGAUUUCCUGGCGCUCACCGGCGCCAUCCUCAUGUUCUUCGGCGUGGGCAUGUGGGUGAUGUGGCACGCGGGGAACAUCGGGGAGGACGGGAAGCGCAGCGACUUGGGGCGGCUGGCCAGGAGACUGACGGAGCGGCUGGGGUCACUGCGCGGGCCCGGGGGGAAAGGGGAGGAAGAGGAGGAGGAGCAGGAGGAAGAGGAGGAGGAGGAGGAGAAGAAGGAGAAGGAUGGGGGCAAGAGCGAGGAAAAUGCUGCGUACAUCAACGAGGCGUACGAACCGACAGACACCGAGACAGUCUGAGAGCAGGUUAGUUCCUGUGUCCAUGGAGGGUCUUGUGGAGGAUUUGAUCACGGCUGGAAAACUGAACUUAUAUUAUUUUAUCGUCAUUUUAUUUCACUCUGUUUCUGCCAACGCACCUGAAACACAUCUAAACACACACACACACACACACACACACACACACACACACACACACACACCUACUGUAUCAGGAGUACAUUCUGUCCAUGUGUGUCUCAGGGGAAGUGCUUGUUUGUUUGUUUCUGCUCUAAAGCUUCAUGAUUGUUUACACGUCUUUAUUCUCCGAGCUCCAGCGACUGGCCCUGUGUUUGUUCUGUGAGUUUUGCUCCAGCGAGAGGAUUUCACUGUCAAACCUGCUGAGCCUGGAUGCAAACGUGUGUUUACAUGAGCUCAACUUACACUCUCACUCUCACACGAGGAGCUUUUAUAAUAAUAAAAGACUUUUAGAGAGAGCGAGAGAGAGGAAGUGAGACUGGUCAGACAGGUUUUAAUGUUUUAAUAAAAAACGUGUCUCUGGUUUCACCGCAAGCUGGAAAAUCACCAACAUUUAGAACAUCUCACCUUCAUCACUCACAUUUACCUCACACUCGUUCAUUUUAUGUAUUUAUUAUUUAUCUAUCAUAUCAUCAUUAACAACAUGUCUCAAUAACACACACACACACACACACACACAUCACCACAUAUCACUAUACACAACAUGCACCUUACUCACUGAAAUAAAUGUGCAAUGAUUUAAAUAUAUU